UGAUCUUAAACAUUGUAAUGACUGCUUAGGAGUUGGUUAUUUUAAAAACGAUAAUGACCACUGAUGUUCAAAUAGGUCCAAAUCAAACACAUGAACUACAAGCAGCUGUACGUACAUCAAGAGUAAGAUCCCUUCGAAUACUGGGUGGACUACAGAUUGUUCUGGGUGUUGUGUGUGGAAUCUUUGGAAUUGUCGGAGCUAUUCUAAGCCACACUGACUUGUACAGUGGUUGCAAAUCCUAUAGCUUCUACAGCAAUUACGGUAGUCAUUUCUCCGGAUUUGAAUCUACUAGUUGUGGCGAUUCCAACACUAUCCUUAUAUUGAAUCUAGUUGGCAUAGCAUUAUCAGGUUGGUUUGUACUAACAGGAUGUUUACCCAUAUGCAUGGCAGAACAUCGUCGAUCAAGCUGGAGAUGCUUAACCAUAGCGUUUCUGGUUUGUAAUAUUAUGUCAGCUGUAGUGUUUUCAUCCACCGUGUUUGGUUUAGCUGUUAUCGGAGCUCUUACUGUUGCUUUUCCUACAAACACCGGAAGUGUUAUUGUGGUGUCUUCUCUUCUAGCUGUUUUUUCUUUUAUUGAAUUCAUCAUAUCAAUUGUUGCUGCAUCACACUGUUGUUGUUGUUCACAGCUCAAUACGGGAAAUCAACAAGAAGUCAUAUUUAUCAACACAUUACAAUCUGGAAUGACAAAUAACAUGCCAAACACUCAAAUACCUACAGGAAACCAGCAAGGAUACCAUCAAAUGUGGAUGCCACAAAUGCAAGGGUACUAUUGUCAACAGUCGGCACAAGCAGGUCAUUCACAUGGAAAUCAGACGUCAAUACAAGCAUUCUACGGUCAGCAACAACGAUCAUUUGAGAUGAUCAGCCAGCAACAGAACAUAAACGCACAGCAGUUCGGACACCCAACUGCAUCUGCUGUAGAUAAAAAUCAACCAUUUCCUAUUACCUACAAUUCAAUAAGAAGUGAAAUAUAAUUAUUCGUCCAAUUUAGAGAAAUUCUGCCAGUUUGCUGACACAUUUUACGCAAUUAAUCCUUUUUUAUAGACAGCAACAUGUUUAAUGUGACACAUACGAUGUUUUGUGUUGUAUUUGAAAUGAUGAAUUGCACAGAUUUGACAGUAGGAUUUUUUGCAAUCUGUGUAUAGUUCACAGAUAGAAAUUGUUCAAAUUAAUUUUGUUUUCGAACUGAAAAAAAAAUAUCGAUAAAUACUCGAAAAACAUGGAAUUUACAUAUUCUAGCUUAUAUAUAGUUCGUUUAUUUGUUUGUUAUGGCAAUGAUCAGUACUAGUAUAACAACCUAAUAAGGGAAAAUUUUAUAAAAAAACAAGAUACCAAGGGAUUAUAAAAACAAGUUGCCUUCUAUAAAAAAAAAAAGAAAAGCAAUACAUGAACCUAGGACCGCUGACUGCCGGGUCACCAAAAUAUUGUUGCUGAAUUUGUGUUUGCUUUUGAAUUGAAAUAAUUGACUGUGAAUAGCAGAAGCCAGUUGAAAGUGAAUAUUUACAUCUACUAUUUGAAUAGUUAUUUCAAAGCUCGACUAUUUUAUUUGUUAUUUGGAAAUGUACAUAUGUUUUCCCGAUUAUAACCCUUUGGCAGAUCCUAAUUUCUACAAACCGGAUGAUUUAUGGAAUUUGCACAAACCAAUCGCAAUACAAAUUUAUGCACUUAGUUUGCUUUAUAAUCUGGAAUUCUGGAUGCAUUUCUUUUACCUAUCAUAUCUUUAUAUUUUGUUUCCUAUAUGAAUGUCUUCAUAUUCUCAACUCGUAUUUGAAGCUGUCUUUACUCAUGGUAGAUGUUGUAAGCGGUCAAUCCUGUGGCAUGCAAUUGAUUGUGACCUCUUAUGAAGAGACUUAUUUAGGUCUCAUAAAACAUCCCCAAUUUUAAGAACUUCCUGUUUUUACUAAGAUCAAUUCAAACAUUCUACAGAAAAACUUGGUUUUGCCGAAGAAUUUCUUAAUUCAGAAGUUGAUGAAUAUCUGUACUCACUU